GGCCAAACUCGGUGGCACCCGGAAGUGUGGUGCUGCCCGGGCUCCCGGAGUCGAGCCAGUUGAGAUACUGGGCUUAAACAGGUGUUUAUGUAUCUUUGUUUCCUAGGGCCACUGGAGCCACUUCCUGCGGCACGUGUUGGAGGGUGCAAGUAUUUGGACAUGAUUUUGAAUGUCUCAUCGCGUUGAAAGCCGUGGGCGAAACAAGCCCUGGGAAUGUUUCCAGCGGGCCUGGCUCCUUAAAGGCUUUUGAGAAGUUUCUUUUGCUGCCUGUCACCCUCGAUUCCCCUUCCCCUAGGGAUGUGCAGAUGGAGGCCGGUGGAGACGCUGCUGCCCCAGCCCCCGGGGGCGCGCAGGACUUGGAGGACACGCAGGACUUGGAAGGCACGCAGACCCCGCGCGAGGAGACUGGAGAUGGAGGAGUUCAGUCGGGCCCGCCGGACCCCGGAGACACGGACCCGGAGGAAGCAGGAUCACAAGCCGAGGAUGAGCCACCCAGCCGCCUGUCACCCCUGCCCCAGUCAGAGGUCCUGUCAAGCACGUGUGAACACUGGAGUUCUACAGCCUCAGACAGUAGUCCCAUUCAUGGUCCGGAGAGUGACUCUGUGGGCCAGGGCGGGGACCCCAGUGACGAGAACUGGCGCAACCAAAGGAAGCACGUGUUUGUGCUGAGCGAGGCCGGCAAGCCUAUCUACUCACGUUACGGUAGCGUGGAGGCGCUAUCAGCUACCAUGGGUGUGAUGACAGCCCUUGUGUCCUUCGUACAGAGCUCAGGGGAUAACAUCCGCGCCAUCUAUGCCGAGGACCACAAGCUGGUGUUCCUACAGCAGGGCCCCCUGCUGCUGGUGGCCAUGUCACGGACUCCUCAGUCAGCAGCACAGCUCCGAGGGGAGCUGCUCGCCGUGCACGCACAGAUUGUGAGCACACUGACACGUGCAAGCGUGGCCCGCAUCUUCGCGCACAAGCAGAACUAUGACCUCCGCCGCCUGCUGGCUGGCUCAGAGCGCACGCUGGACCGGCUUCUGGACAAUGUGGAGCGAGACCCCGGAGCCCUGCUCCUGGGCGCUGUGCGCUGCGUGCCGCUUGCCCGUCCGCUGCGGGAAGCACUAGGCACGUUGCUGCGGCGCUGCACAGCACCUGGCCUGGCACUGUCUGUGCUGGCGGUCGGUGGUCGCCUGAUAACAGCAGCCCAGGAACGGAACGUGCUGGCCGAGUGCCGGCUGGACCCAGCUGACCUGCAGCUGUUGCUUGACUGGGUAGGGGCGCCAGCUUUUGCAGCGGGGGAAGCCUGGGCACCUGUGUGCCUGCCCCGCUUCAACCCCGAUGGUUUCUUCUAUGCUUAUGUGGCCCGCCUGGACUCCAUGCCUGUCUGCCUGCUGCUGCUUGGCACCCACCGUGAAGCCUUCCAUGCCAUGGCCGCCUGCCGGCGCCUGGUGGAGGAUGGCAUGCGCACUCUUGGUGCCCUGCGUACCCUUGGGGAGGCUGCGAACUUCUCUGAUUCCCAGGCAGCCAGUGCCCCUGCCUACAGCGUGCAGGCUGUGGGGGCACCUGGCCUCCGGCACUUCCUCUAUAAGCCACUGGACAUCCCUGACCAUCAUCGCCAGCUGCCCCAGUUUACCAGCCCUGAGCUAGAAGCCCCAUACAGCAGAGAAGAGGAACGGCAGCGGCUGUCAGACCUGUACCACCGCCUGCACGCUCGUCUGCACAGCGCCUCCCGACCCCUGCGCCUCAUUUACCAUGUGGCUGAGAAGGAGACACUGCUAGCCUGGUUCAGUUUUGAUUCUGUGCGUCUCCAGCACCCUGUGAAUGCCAAGGCAUGGCCCCAAGCGGUAUCCUCUCCGGGGGUGUCCGUCCUUCCAUCAGCUCCCACCUCACUUCCUGUAGGGCUGUAA